UAGUGAAUGACGCACACAUUCCACGUUUGCCUGGUAUAAGUUGGUGUGAAUGUUAGUUCAAUUACAUCGCCCCAACAUGAAGCCCUUUCAUUAUGUUCUUGGGGUGUACGUGUUGGCAUUGCUACAAUGGGAGAUUGAUGCAACACAAAAGAUACCGGUACUAGGAGAAGAACAAGCAAAUCCAAAGUGGGAAACUGUUCAAAUACCGAACACUCUAAUGGAUCCCGAACAUCCUGAAGAUGGCACUUGGCGAGCGUAUGCGAAGGGAAACCCUACUUGGGAGGUGCAAUAUGACAGGAUACGUGUAGGGACCCAAUUUGCCAACCGGAAAAAAAUCUACAAGGGAAGAGAAAUUGCACUUUUAUUCACUGAUUGUUACGGUGACGAACACAUCGCAGACGAAAUUCGCAAUAAAAUGGUGUUACAGGCUGCAGCAGAAUUUUCCAGAAACAACGUAAGAAAUGGCAUUGUUUUAGCUGUAUUUGAUGGCGUCAUUUGGGAAGCUGACAAGGAUCCCAUGACUAGAGAAAUCCUUGAUAAAGGAGGAAGAAAUGUUUAUUUUGAUAUGGAAAAUAAGAUACAAAUCAUCGAUGUUGCUGAUAAGGACGAAUUGGAGAGGAGACAUGACCAAUACAAAGGCGCAUAUAUACAUACUCUCUACUACGACCAUGAUGAUGUUGUCCGUGUUGGGGAGGAUGGCAAAUUUCAGUGGAAACCUCUAAUGGAAUAUAUGAGAGUUCAACAUUGGACGAUUGGUCCAAAAUACAAAAAAAUGGUGUUGCUCAAAGUACGAACGUCAUCUGUUCUUAAAGGUGACACUGAGUUCUUUCAGAAAAUAUGCGAAGCAAAGGGGGAGCCAAAGGAAUACCCUGUGGUGUACUAUGAAGCCUACAAAAGAUUGUAUAAAAUAAUUUACUUAAGAGAGGUUGAUUCAACAAUGGAAGAUGCCUGGGAUGAUUGUCCAUUCCAAUAAGAGAGGAAUGAGUCGCUCCAAAAAACCUUUGGAUUAAAAAUAAAAGUUAAUCAUUCUUGAUUUGUUUACUUCACCUUUCUUAAUCACUAAAUAACAAAUAUACUGUAUUUCAAGACUUUAAGGAAA